GAAUCACAACACUUGACUCAUCUGUGUGUCACUGCUCUAGUCUCCUACGACGACAAGAAUCACAUGCAGACGCGGGCAAUCUGAUCAUAAAGGAACCUAUUCCGGCUGAACUGGAGACAUGACCAAGGAGACUGAGACUCUCGGACUGGUCUUUCAGAGCGAGAACUUCAACUAUAACCGUUACAAUAACUACAUCAUGGAUUCCUCGUGGUCAUAUCUGGAGGGCGCCGUCCCCGAGCCCAACCAAUCCAAAAGUCUACUGGUCCCAGAAGACAACCUGACAGCCAUCACUAUGCUUUAUGAACACUGCAAGACCCAGAAAGAGCUGAAGACUCCAAUCAACCGUGCCAGCGGCAUCUGCAAAGCAAUAGAGAGGACUCCAACCAACAACAAUCUUGUUUCGUUAGACACGUCGGCUAACGUUAUAAAGAUUCUGUCUGACAGCAUUCCCUCCAGCCAUCCCCAGGAUGUUAUGGGAACCUCCGUCUGCACUACGAACAAACACAGUACCUCCCUGCCCGCUUCUGUCGCCGCCACGUCAGACACCUACACCACACUGACCAGCGUUGUGGCGGACACUUAUGACAAACAGGACCUUAAUAACAUCUUUGACACACUUCUGCAGAAGUGGCCCGAUACAGAAACGUUCCCUGACCCGAAUACUGAGACUCUCCCAUACAGCGAUCAUUUCCUUGAGGACCAGUCCAGCCCUGUCUAUUCUGGCUCUUACAGUGGUUCUCCACCUGAAAGAUACAAGGGUGACUUCCAGUUUUCUCUUGGCGCUCCUUCAGCUUCAUCGUACAAGUCCAGUGAGCUGCCCAUGGUCUACCUGAACAAGGGGCAGUUUUACCCCAUCACCCUGCAUGGAGUAGACAGCACUGCCUGCGUCACUGCCAACAAAGUCAAGACCGUCAUCAUGGCUGUGUUUGAAAAUGACAAGACUCCAGAAAUGCAGCUGCGCUUUUGGAAUCACUGGCACGCUCGCCAGCCCACCGUCAAACAGAGGGUCAUUGACAUCGCAGACUACAAGGAAGUAUUCAGUGGCAUUAACAACAUCGAGGAGGUGGCGUUCAAUGCCUUCUCUUUUGUUUGGAACCCCAAUGAAGAGGCCAAGGUUUACAUCGGCAUCAACUCCCUAAGCACCGACUUCUCCGCUCAGAAGGGAGUGAAGGGUCUGCCUCUGAAUCUGCAGAUCGAUACGUAUGAUUUCAGCUCGGGAACCAACCAGCUCAUCCAUAGAGCCGCCUGCCAGAUCAAGAUUUUCUGCGAUAAGGGUGCAGAGAGGAAGAUGCGAGAUGAGGAGAGGAAGAGGACCAAAAGGAGGGGAAAGAGCACUAGUGAUGUUAACACCAACAAAUCUUUGGUGAGUAGCUCCAUGGGCAGCGACUGCACUUUCUUUCAGACCCUGGAUGACCACAUCACCCAGCCGGUUCUGUUCAUUCCUGAGACACAUCUCUCCAGCUUGCAGCGCUGUGGCCUGGCCAGUACAUUGGAUGGGAUCGACAGGAGCUCAAUGAAGAGGUUAUAUUCAGAAAGUGCAGAACAAAGCGGCUCUCCAUCCAGCAAGCAGGCCCGCAGGGAGGACUCACAGAGAGUGCUGCUGUACGUGCGGUCAGGUGCCCAAGAAGUCUUUGAUGCACUCAUGCUCAACACGCCAACGCUGAUGGGCUUACGAGAAGCUAUUUCAGAAAAGUAUGGUGUGCAAAAAGACACCAUUGGGAAAAUCUACAAAAAAUGCAAGAGAGGGAUUUUUGUCAACAUGGAUGACAACAUUAUAGAACACUACAGUAACCAGUUGGCCUUCCUCAUUGAGAUGUCAGAGGUGGUUGCUGGUCAGUUCCAAGUCACUCUUGUUGAGCUAUGAGAAGAAGCAUCACAACAGAAGCCUACUCCACUGAAGGAUGAAACAUAUCACAGCUGCCAUUGUAAAUCAAAAGCACUGCCAAAUCAAAGACAAUUUAAGACCAGAUAAAAGUGGAAAACUACAAGAAAUGGACUGAAAUGACCUUUCUGGGUUUUUUCUCCAGUUUCAGCAAAAAAUUUCAAACCGUUUUUACAAGAAUCCACUUUUGUAAAUAUCACUUGCUCCAUUUUAUUGCUUUUUUUCAGAUUGGCUACAUGAAAGCAAUUAUGAAGUGUUUGUAUAUAAUGUAAAUAGCUUUUAAUAUGAUUGUUUUUAUGAACUAACAGAGUGCUUUCAGAAUUCAGUUUUCCAUACAUUAUGUAUUUCAAUUAUUAUUUUUUUUUAUGAGUGAGAGCCAAUGGGGCCUUUUCUCAGACACGGGUUUUCUACUAUUUGAUACGACAAACGCAUGCUCCUGCUGGUUCCUGUUACUUUCACAUCUAAAAUGACCCAACAGCGGGUUACGUUCAGAUCCCAAAGUCGCACAUUUCCCUCCAUAAUAUCACACAGACUUAGUAUUGGCCGUCACUUAGCCCAAAAACUGUGGACAUUUCCUGAUUGCGUGGUGAAACCACAGUGUUUUCCCAUCGUGUUCGAACCACCAAGAAACACCCCCUCCUCCCCCAAACCCUGAAGCUUUUCACUAAAUUUUCAUUGUAUGUGUGUGCGUGUUUGUGUACAAGCGGAUGAUGGAUAUGUCUUUGUAUGUUACGCAUCAUUUCAAAGCAAACAUUUAUCACUUAAAUAUUUCAUUGUUGUGCCACGACACUUCUGGUUGUUAGAUGUCUUGCUCCUUUUGUACAAAAAUAAAGAAAAUUCAUGUCA